AGUUGCUGAGACGGAUAGAUCUCGAACAAAGUUAAUUUUCUCUUGAUUUGUCCGUCAGAAAAUGCAGUUUUUGUGUCAGAAUGUUCAGAAGACACGUUACCGGUGAUAAAUGUGUCCAAUAUUUACUUUGGAGACUCUGGGACAAAAGACUCGGUCAUCAUCUGCGAUCAUUUUAAAUUCUCCCGUUGUAAUCAACAGACCUGCAGCAGUUUGUCUAAACGGGCGCGGCAGUAACAGGACAGCUAAAGGAGCUGACUGGUCAGUGAGCCGUCUCACUUCUAACCAUCUAACUUCAACGUUUACACUAAUUUAUUGAAACAAGAUGAAGAAGUUCCUCUCGUUGCUUCUCCUCUGUCAUGUGGCAUCUCCAGUUAAACACUCCUUGACGUUUUUUACAACUGCAUCUUCUGGAUUCCCAAAACUCCAAGAGUUUGUGGCUGUUGCAUUGGUUGAUGAACUUGUUGUGGGUAACUGCGACAGCGAUAAAAUGACAGCAGAACCAAAACAGGACUGGGCGAGAAAAUUAACAGAGCAGUUGGAGUUUUAUAGUGAAGAAUGUCUUCUGGAGACUCACUUUUUCAAAGCCUCGAUUGACCAUAUGAAGCAGCGCUUCAACCACAGUGGAGGUGAUCACAUUGUACAGAGGAUGAGUGGCUGUGAGUGGGAUGAUGAGACCGGAGAAGUUAAAGGUCUUUAUCAGUAUGGUUAUAACGGAGAAGACUUUUUAUCAUUGGACCUGAAGACACUGACAUGGAUCGCUCCACAACCACAGGCUGUCAUCACCAAACAGAGAUGGGAAUCUGAUAUAGCUAGAUUGAAAUUAAAUGAGUAUUACCUGACUCAGAUUUGCCCUGAACACCUGAGGUUGUUUGUGGACUAUGGCAAGAGCUCUCUGCUGAGAAAAGAGCUUCCCUCAGUGUCUCUCCUCCAGAAGACUCCCUCCUCUCCAGUCAGCUGCCACGCUACAGGUUUCUACCCUGAGGCAGCCAUGAUGUUCUGGAGGAAAGAUGGAGAGGAGCUUCAUGAGGACGUGGAGCUCGGAGAGAUCCUCCCCAACCAUGAUGGAUCCUUCCAGAUGAGUGUUGACCUGGACCUCUCAUCAGUUAAACCUGAAGACUGGACCAGGUACGAGUGUGUGUUUCAUCUCUCUGGUGUGAAGGACGACAUCGUCACCAGGCUGGAAGAAGUAAAGAUCAGGACCAACAGAGAGAAGCCCACUGACAUGACCGCCAUCAUCAUUGCUGCAGUCGUUGUUCUUGCUCUCGUCCUCAUCGCUGUGAUUGGAUUCGUCAUUUAUAAAAAGAAGAAUGACGAACGCCUUCCAUCUCCUGUCAGCAACAAGGAGGUCUUGGAGGAACUCAAUCCAAGAACAUAAAUGACAAACACACCACCCUGCACACAGUUUAUGGAUAAACAUUGCACUGGAUCAAGGAGCGCUGCCUCCACAUUCUCCUCCACAAACUGGGAGUUGAUUUGUUUUU